GGAUACAGUUAGUUCCAAGUCAGCGGAACAUUGCAAACUGUGCGUGUGCCGAGCCACACAUUAACCUAGACCGCCCGAGAGCUUGUUCCAAGAUUCAUGGUCAAAUCGAAUAAGUGUGUAGUACGUAUAUAUAGUGCUUGGUGUAAACGAAAAUUAAUACGAUAGUGAACAAUGGAUAUUGUGAACGCUUGUAGGGCUGUUUUGGAGCCGCAGGGAAUGUCCGAGAAAGAUGUUAAAAAAAUUGAAAGAAGCGCCUUUGAUACUUUGAAUGUUGAAGCAGUGAAGAUGAAGAAUGAGAAACAUUUUUCAGCAGAACAGUUUGUGGAAAAUCUCUUGAAUGAAGGAAGCAAAGUACCCUGUGAUGAAACUUCAGAUGCUUUCAAUAACAAUUUAAAGUUACCACCAUACUAUGAUGAACAAUUGUUCAAAAAGGGUCAAGAAUUUUUUUACAGGAAUAUAUUCGGUUUAUUCUUAAGUAAAUUUCUAGGACUGAUAGCACUUUUAACGUUACCUUCAUCUGUAAAUAUACUAGUUAUGACCAAUAUGUCAAGUACGGAAAUGUCAGCAUAUAAGAGAUACAUGGCUACUAUUUUCCAUAUGUGCCUGUGGUACGACGAAAAAUUCAGACCCGGAUCAAGAUCGUGGGACUCGAUUGGAACUGUGAGAGGUCUUCAUAAUUCGGCCAGCAAACGAAGCUGUGCAUGUCUGAAGUACAGGAUAACACAAAAGGAUAUGGCCCUUACCCAGUUUGGUUUUAUGGGUUUUGGUUUGGUUAGAAGCAGAAUGAUGGGUGUGCACUGUGCUUCGGAAGAAGAGUUGAAAGGCUUUAUACACCUGUGGCGAACUGUGGGACACGUUUUGGGUAUUGAGGAGAGGUUCAACAUUUGUAGGGAAUCAGUCGCUGAAACCAAAGAAAUUUGUAAUCUGCUUAUAGAAAAAGUAUUCCGUCCGAGACUGAAAAGCCCCUCCAAACACUUCAAAAAAAUGUCGAGCGCUUUAAUAAAUGGGCUGUGGACGAUGAAUCCAAUUCUAGAGUUUAAAGUGUUCACACUGUACCUACAAAUGGCUUUAGAGGAUAACAGUAACGUACAUUCACAGCCCGGUUUCAACUUGCUGACGUGGCAGAAGAAAUUUAAACUGUAUUUUAUUUUGUACACUUUGUGGUCCUUGCAGUUCAAUGUGCUGAGGAUUACUCAUAACUACAUCCAGAUUAUCGCACUGUGGUUGAUGAAAUGUUUUCCUUUUCUGGCCUAUUACAAGUACGGAAAAGCGAAUUCUUUAGUAAAAGUGAAGUAGACUUAUAGAAGAGGGUUUAGUUACGGUAGCAAUUGUGAUAUUUGUCUUUAAUAAAAGUAUUAUAAUUAUAA